AUGUCAAAUAAAGAUGAUGAAUCAAUUGAAAUGUUAUAUUCAAAAUCAUGUCUUGAUUUAAAUAUGGAUAUAGAAACAAAGUUAGAUCCAUGGCGUUCAUAUGAACAUAUUCGUAAACAUUAUGUUUUAGAAGGUGAUCAAUUACAUUGUUGUUGUUUAAAUGAUUUAUGUUCAAAUGAUGGAAGUAUAAUCGAUAAAUUAUAUGAUCUUGUUGAACGUUUAAAUGAAUGUGAAUAUUCAUUUAAUAGUCAAUAUGAUUUAAUAGAAAAUGUUAAUAAAAUAAAUCGAAAAGAAAAUCCAUCUGGAUCAUUUAAAUCACGUUUUGAUUUAUCAUUAAAAUUAUUUUAUUAUUCUAUUGAAAAUAUCUUAACUAUUGGAGAAAAAAACAGAUUAAUUUCAAAUGAAUUUAAUUCACUACAAAUUCAACAAUCAUUUCAAUAA